UGGGCGCUUCAACCCGUUGGGUGGGGCGGAGCGCCUCACGAAGAUGGUGGCGCGCGAGUCUGGUGGCUCCGGUCGUCUGCCCCAGUCUCGGCUCCGCGCGUCGGCCGGCGUCUCUCUGGCCUGGAGCCCCUGCCCGCCCGGCCCCUGACCCCGGCCCCCCGCGCUUCUCUUCCCAGCAUGCCACGCGCCCGGAAGGGCACCGCGUCCCGCAAGGGCGGCCGGCGCCGUGGUGGGGGUGGCCAGAGCAGUACGCGGGCCGACUCGGGUUCCAGUGAGGAUGAGGCAGCCAGUGAGGCCCGCAGCACCACCAGUGAAUGCCCCAGCCUUCUGAGCACCACAGCGGAGGACGGCUUCGGGGGGGAUGCCGUGGCUGAGCAGGGCCAGCGGGAAGACCUGGAGGAGAGGCUGAAGGAGCAUGUGGACCGCCUCACAGACAAAAGUGCCAAGACCCGGCAAGGUGCUCUGGAGAGCCUGCGCCAGGCCCUGGCAUCCCGCCUACUCCCGGACUUCCUGCUUGACCGCAGCCUAACACUAGCCGAUGCCUUGGAAAAGUGCCUCAAAAAAGGGAAGGGCGAAGAACAGGCCCUGGCCGCUGCCGUGCUGGGCCUGCUCUGUGUGCAGCUGGGCCCUGGGCCCAAGGGCGAGGAGAUGUUUCACAGCCUGCAGCCGCUGCUGAUCUCCGUGCUCAGCGACAGCACAGCCAACCCUGCUGCCCGGCUCCAUUGUGCUUCUGCUCUGGGUUUGGGCUGCUAUGUGGCUGCUGCUGAUAUCCAGGACCUGGACUCCUGCCUUACCUGCUUGGAAGGUGUUUUCAGCCGGUCCUGUGGCAUGAGUGGCUCUGCAGCCCCGGUGGUCCCUGCCAGCCUGCAUGGCCUGCUCUGUGCUGCCCUGCAGGCCUGGGCAUUGCUACUCACCCUCUGUCCCAGCACCCACAUCAUUCACAUCCUUGACAGACAGCUGCCCCGGCUGCCUCUGCUCUUAUCCAGUGACAGCGUGACCCUGCGGAUGGCUGCCGGAGAGACCAUUGCACUGCUCUUUGAGCUCGCCCGGGACCUUGAGGAGGACUUUGUGUACGAGGACAUGGAGGCCCUCUGCUGUGCCCUGCGCGGCCUCGCCACUGACAGCAACAAGCACCGCGCCAAGGCUGACCGGCGGCGCCAGCGCUCAACCUUCCGUGCUGUGCUGCACUUCGUUGAGGGCGGCGAGUAUGAGGAGGAGACAGUCCGCUUUGGGCUUGAGGUCCUCUAUGUGGACAGCUGGGCUCGGCACCGGAUCUAUGCUGCGUUCAAGGACGUGCUGGGUUCAGGCAUGCACCACCACCUCCAGAACAACGAGCUCCUCCGUGACAUCUUUGGCCUGGGCCCUGUGCUGGUGCUGGAUGCCACUGCCCUGAAAGCCUGCAAGAUCUCACGCUUUGAGAAGCACCUGUACAAUGCUGCUGCCUUCAAAGCCCGGACCAAGGCGCGCAGCCGUGUUCGGGACAAGAGGGCUGACGUACUGUGAGGCCGGACCCACUAAGACGGAGACUGUCCGUACCCUUCCCUGUGUUUUUAACAGAAGACUGUGCAAUGACUGGCAUGUGCCAGUAAUUGU